AUGCCCUCUGGGGCCACCUCACAGGUCUUCGAGACCGUGGAACUCUUGGAGAUGAUCCUGCUCAACAUCUCGAUCAAACAUCCUGAAUUCUGGCGCAAUGAGGCCGGCCUCAGGCAGCUCUUCGCCGUCCAGAGAGUCAGUAAGACCUUCCGAGACACUAUCCAAGGCUCCAGCAAGCUCCUCCGAGUUAUGUUCCUCAAACACGAUCCGACCUCGGAAGUCUUCGACCCUGAGGUCAAUGACUUCCAAUCCAUCGCAACCUCGAACCCAUUCGCAUGCUCCGCUUAUCUCUACACCACGCGAGGAGCUGGUGUAAAGACAAGCUUCAUGGCCGCACAGGGUUCGGAGGACGGUAUGCAAAUCAUUUUCGAACAAGGCGAAGCAGAACGUAGCUUUCUUUGGAAAGAGGAACAGUAUGGCGUUACACCUUCCUGGAAGAAAAUGCUGCUGAAGGAGGGCCAGCCUCGUCCGUUGUGGUUGGAGCUCAACUGGAGAGACAGCGAUGGUGCUACCGCGAAUCAGUUCAACUCUAUGGUGGACGAUCAGCUUCCACCGGGCUGUACCCUUGGCGAGCUAGUCGAGUACUUGAGCACAAUCGCUGUGCCGUAUAGAGAGCGUGGAGGUCAGGGAGUGGACUGGUACCGCACAGUGGCCGGCGUUAAGGUUAUCGAGAAAUUGAAGGCAAAGACCGUCGAAUUACUCGAAAUGAUCUUUCUGCAUACUCGAGCGAAGGCUACAUAUUCGAUGACUGAUGUGUAUGAGGAAGCGCGGAACCUCAGGCACCUCUUCAUCCUACAACGAGUCAACAGAACCUUCCGCGACACUAUUCAGGGCUCUGUCCAGCUUCGUCGGGCGAUGUUCCUCGAAGAAUAUUCGGCCGCUGCUGAAGUCACGGACGAAGACGGCGACCACGAGCACAAGCUGAUCAAUCCCUUGCUCUACUCUGACUGCUUCAAACUCACAAACACAUACUUUGUGGAGGUUGUUUGGGAUGCGUGCAAAAGCAACAAGCUUCCAAUUCACUACCACUGCCCGGACCAAAACACAUCCUCGAAGACGCCGAAAUUAUCCAUUGACCAAGAGGAGGUUUCCUGGAAGUCUAUGCUUCUCCAGCAGGAUUCAUACAAAAUGUUGUGGCUUAAGUUUCGUGGAUGGGAUGAGUAUGGUCGGUGUUGGCAACCGUUCUUCGAGGUUGAACCGGUGCUAGCACCUCGCACGCUGGGUGAGCUGAUCACUUUGCUUCACAGUAAGAAACCCCAGUACGAGAUAGCCGAAGUCGGGUAG